CCCUUAACUCCACGUAUUAUUCUCCGAAGUAAAUAAAUCAGAAUCAAAGGGAAAUUAACAAGUGAUUGGGGAAAAUAGCCGCCCUUUAAAUAAUUCCCACCUCCACGCCUUCUUUCUGAAUUACCAUCCCUAAAACUAUUCGGCAUUGCUCGGGACACGGAUCAACCGCCUUCGCGUUGGUUUCUCCGAGGUUCAGUACCCCACAGUCGACCCCAACUUCUAUCAAUAAUCACCUCCACCAUCAGGCCUCGCCACGCCAUCAUCUCCUACCUUUUGCUACAAUAUCUUCCAAUCUCCUCUCUAUAAACUACACGCACCCAUAGCGAACCCAUUUUUAUUCUCAUACAUCAUUUAUAGAUCUUUGUACUGUUCCAAGCGCCAGCAGCAAUGUCGUUUAUGGGUGGCGCCGAGUGUUCGACGGCUGGCAACCCGCUAAGCCAGUUCAGCAAGAUCGGACAGGAUGAUAAGAGUCUGCAACGAGAUAGGCUCGUGGGGAGAGGCCCGGGGAGUGCGCAAGGGAUGCGCAGUACCGGAAUGAAUGGAAACCAAGAUAAUAUGAUGAACGAGUUUCUACAACAGGGCGGCCAACUACCACAGGCACCCGUCGACCCUUUUAUGAUGGAGGCAAUGCACCAUGCCGGCCCUGGAAUCCAACGAGGCACAUCACCACAGGCUCAAGGCUGGGCGCAGGAGUUCCAGCCCGGCAUGCCCCAAGAAUCACACAUGCAACCAAACUUCCAGACGCCCCAGGCCGCCGGAUUCAACCCCGCCGAGUUUUCCCGCUUCCAGCAGAUGAACCAACCUGCAGCCGCACGAACAGCAAGUCCGGCGACCCAGAUGCCAAUGUCGGGCUAUAACUCAUACCAGAGGCCCAUGGGAAUGGGUAUGGGGAUGGGGAUGGGCGGCGGCUUCGGCAUGGGCGGUGGUAUGAUGUAUCAGAACCAAAGUCAGAUGGCCAUGAACCAACAACCGCAAGAAGCGAUGGACAAGGGCAAGGGUAAGAUGAUUGAACUCGAUGACGAACACUGGGAGGAACAAUUCAAAGCCAUCGACUUGGCGGCCGAAGAGAAGGAGCAGAAUGACACGAUCGAGGCGGAGCUGAAUCAAAUGGACAGGUCAGUUGAAAAUCUAGAGUCCGAAACGAAUGAGUUUGGGGACUUUGAAGCUAUCUGGCGUGGAAUCCAAGCUGAGACCGCUGCUGCCAGGGACCUCGUGGCCGACAUGCCCUCUCCGAAUGAACUCGACAUGGGCAGCUUUGACCAGUGGGAUGGAUUCGAUGGCAUGGGGAGCCAUGCAGCUUUCCGAGAUCCACACUUGGGCGAUUAUACCUUUGAGGCGGACAACAUCUUCGCCGACGUCCCGAAUGCAUUUGAGGAAGGUGUGCGCAUCAUGGAAGAGGGCGGAAACCUCAGUCUUGCAGCUCUGGCAUUCGAGGCAGCCGUUCAACGCGACUCUUCCCACCUAGCAGCCUGGGUUCAUCUCGGUUCCGCACAGGCGCAGAACGAAAAGGAGACCCCGGCCAUCCGGGCGCUCGAGCAGGCCCUCAAGAUUGACCCCUCGAACCUCGAGGCUCUCAUGGGCCUCGCCGUCUCCUACACAAACGAGGGCUACGAUAGCACCGCCUACCGCACCCUCGAGCGCUGGUUAUCUGUUAAGUACCCCGCCAUCGCACCACCGAGUGGCCUCUCAGCCGAGGCGGACAUUGGUUUCACCGACCGCCAACAGCUGCACGAGAAGGUCACCAACCUCUUCAUUCAAGCCGCGCAAUUGAGCCCCGAUGCCGAGACCAUGGAUCCUGAUGUCCAGGUCGGUCUUGGUGUCCUCUUCUACGGCGCCGAGGAGUAUGACAAGGCAGUCGACUGCUUCUCCGCCGCUCUCGCCUCCACCGAGUCCGGUUCCACCAACGACUCCUCAUCCGUCCACCUCCUCUGGAACCGCCUGGGCGCCACCCUCGCCAACUCCGGACGCUCCGAGGAGGCCAUCAAUGCGUACGAGCGCGCCCUCUCGAUGCGCGGGAACUUUGUCCGCGCACGCUACAACCUCGGAGUCAGCUGCAUCAACAUUGGGUGCUACGAAGAGGCGGCUGCGCAUCUACUGGGCGCGCUCGCUAUGCACAAGGUCGCUGAGCAGGAGGGACGCGAGAAGGCCAAGGAUAUCCUCGGCGGCGACGGUGCGGGCAAGGUCUCCGAGGCGGAGCUUGAACGCCUGAUCAACCAAAACCAGAGCACGAACCUGUAUGAUACCCUCCGUCGUGUUUUUAGCCAGAUGAACAGACGGGACCUGGCUGAGCGCGUGGUGAGCGGCAUGGAUGUGGAUAGCUUUAGAGGAGAUUUCGACUUUUAGAUAGGGCAAGCAUAUGGGGGACAUGGGAAAGGGUUGGAUUAUUUUGGGUAUAUGUAUAGCGUAUGUGCUUACUCCGCUCGUCAAAAGAAGAUGUAGUGGUUUCAGGAGACGGUGCUCCAAAUAUCAAAAGAGCAUUAUCUUCCCUCGUUUGCUAUCUGUCUUGGAAAUCUGAACGUAAAAGGCG